UUCCAUUCCAUCCCCAGACAAGACAAGACAACCCGCCCGCUCCAAUCCAAUCGCCCUGACGCCCAAAUUUCAAAUCCUGCUUCUUCCCAACCCACCGUUGUAGCAGUCGCCGACACGCCGCCAGCCGCCGCACUGCACUGCACAUGGAGAAAAUCUCCGUCGCCGUCCGCUUCCGCCCACCCAAGUCCUCCGCCGACCCUGACGUAGACUCUUCCUCCUUCUCUGGGGGUGGCGCUGGCGGGAACCGCGAGUGGCGCAUCGACGACACCCGAAUCUCCCUCCUCCACCGCGCCGUCCCCGUCCCCGGCACCUCCUUCGCCUUCGACCAUGUGUUCGACGACACGGCCACCAACGGGCGGAUCUACGGCUUGCUCGUACGAUCCCUCAUCCGCGCCGCCGUAGAUGGCUUCAACGGCACCGCCUUUGCCUACGGCCAGACCAGCAGUGGCAAGACCUUCACCAUGAACGGCUCCAGUGCCGACCCUGGGAUCAUUCCGCUCGCUAUCCGCGACAUAUUUGACACGGCGGCCGAGGCUGCAGACCGUGAGUUCCUUAUCAGGGUGUCGUACAUGGAGAUUUACAAUGAGGAGAUUAAUGACCUCCUCACACUCGGUAGCGAGAAGCUGCCGAUUCACGAGAGCCUGGAGCGUGGUGUGUAUGUCUCCGGCCUACGGGAAGAGAUUGUUAACAAUGCCGAACAAGUGCUAGAACUUCUUCACCGUGGAGAAGAAAAUAGACAUUUUGGAGAAACAAACAUGAACGUCCGGAGCAGCCGAUCCCAUACUAUUUUUCGGAUGGUCAUUGAAAGCAGUGCUAAGGACCAGGUGAACUCUGGAGAUGCAAUCCGGGUAUCUAUCUUGAAUUUAGUGGAUUUAGCUGGGUCAGAAAGGAUCGCCAAGACUGGAGCAGAUGGCGUGCGACUUAAGGAAGGGAAGCAUAUCAACAAAAGCUUGAUGAUUCUUGGAAAUGUCAUCAAUAAGUUGAGUGAGAAUGGAAAGCAAAGAGGGCACAUCCCUUAUCGUGAUAGUAAGUUGACUCGCAUUCUCCAGUCUGCACUUGGAGGCAACGCAAAGACAUCAAUCAUCUGCACUGCUGCACCUGAAGAGAUUCAUAUCGAGGAAACUAGAGGAACUCUUCAGUUCGCAAGUAGAGCAAAAUGUGUCAGCAAUUGUGCCCAAGUAAAUGAGAUUCUAACAGAUGCUGCUCUGCUGAAGAGGCAAAAACUGGAAAUAGAAGAACUUCGUCAAAAGCUACAGGGUUCUCAUUCUGAAGUCUUGGAGCAGCUUAUCCUAAAGCAACGUAAUGACAUGCAUAAGUUUGAACUUGAGCGUGAUCGACUGGCAAUGGAACUUCAAGAGGAAAGGAGGUUAAGGGAGACUUUAGAGCACCAGUUGACCGAGCAACAAAAAAUGUUAGAAAACCACGACAAUAUUGGCCUAUCAGCAGAGCAGUUUACUGACUCUAUACAGCUAGAUUCAUUGAAAACUCCAGAUUCUAAGCGGACACCAGAUGGAUUUGUUGCCAGCCGCUCACGCUAUUCGAACGAUGUGGAGUUCAGCCCAAUACCUGAAAAUUUAGGUGCUGUAGCUGACGAGGACCUCUGGAUGCAGCUGAACAAAGGAUGCAUUACUGAUCUUGAUAUGCUUGAGAUGACACCUGGUUUCAAAUGUCCACCGUCCUUGCCAAAAGAUACAACAGCAGUUGCGCCAUUAAAGGAGCCUAUUGACGUGAGAUGCCAAAGGCUGGAGAAGGACUGCAUCUCCGACCGACAGCAGCUAGAGGAUUCAAAAGCGAGCUGCGCAGUGCUCGAGAAGGAGCGCAAUCUGCUCAUAGAGGAGAACUCUUCGUUGCGACAAGAGCUCUCCAGGUCGAAGCAGGAAGCCAAUCAUCUCGUAUCCGAGAAGGAGGAGCUGCUGAAAGAGCUCGAGACGGAGAGGUACAAGAUGGAGCAGCUGAAGCAGGAUAUCAGGAUCUUCAGCCAGUCCUUCUCUCAGAGGCAGGGACAGCUGACGUCCCUAUACACUAAAUCCAAGGCCAUCGUGGAGAACUGCAAGGCCUCUCAGGUCGCAUUGCCCUGAUGACUGAUCAGAGCCUCAGAAGUACAAAUCUUCGCAUGCUUGCUGCACUGAUGGCCUGCAGAUUUCAAUGCGCUUGUAUAAGUUGUAAUACAUGUUUGCCUUUGUAAUACAUGUGUGGUGUGUACAGUGUGCUUGAUAUUAUUUGUGAUAGACUGAGUCGCCUUUGAGGAAGUUGCGUGUGUGUAUACUGCAAAAGAAACAUCAGUUUUGUUUGUCAUUAGCCUUCUGGAAAGUGUCAAAUGUAGUUGACACGUGAUAAUAACAUAUAUAAAGUUGAACCCU